AUGCCGCCGGUACCAAUUGAGGGUGUAGAUUUAGAUAUAUUGCGUGAGGCGAUUGAAGUGUUAUCAACUACACACAUUGCCAACUAUUUGAAUUUCAUACAAAUGACAGCUGCUUAUAUUGUCAACAAGCUCCCACAAGCAUUUGCGUCUAAGUUUUAUAGAACAAAAGGUUUGCAAAAUGGAAGAAGUAAAGCUUCUGUUCCUGAAAGCACUAAUAAUGACGUAAUAGAUGCAACAAGAGAACCAGCAAACUGCCCACAAUUUCCUGAUUUGCGUUUGAUAACACAGGCCGAACAGAGAAGAGAAAAUGUGGAUGAUUGCUUAACACUCAAUAUUUACACCCCAAAUAAAGCAGGUCAAUUUCCGGUAAUUGUGUUUGUACACGGUGAAAUGUUAUUUGAUGGCAGUGCCGCUGAAGGUCAACCUGACUAUUUUCUGGAACACGAUGUAGUACUGGUAACCAUUAACUAUCGCUUAGCACCAUUUGGUUUUCUGACCACUUUAACAGAUGAUAUGCCCGGCAAUGUAGCACUUGCAGAUAUACACAUGGCCUUGGAAUGGGUGAACCAAUAUAUACGUCCUUUCGGAGGUAAUGCAGAUCAAGUAACAUUAAUCGGUCAAGCAGGUGGAGCAACACUGGUUCACGCUUUAAGUUUAAGUGAUAAGGCACUUGGUUUGUUCCACAAAUUAAUUUUACAAUCCGGCACAGCAUUGAAUCCCUAUUUCUGGGAUGAAGAUCCACUUAACACACUGAAAAGUUUUGCUAGAUUAGCAAGUUGCCCACUUUUUGCUUACGCGGACGACAUCGACAUCACUGAGCGUAGCAAGCGUAAUGUUACAGCUGUCAUUGCUGCUAUCGAAAAGGAAUCUGCAAAAAUGGACUUCGCGGAGAAUGAGGGCAAAACGAAGUAUAUGUCGUCUACUGGUAGUCUGACGCCGACGUAG